GGGAAGGGUGCUGGCGGGGAAGUUAGUACAGGAGGGUGUGGUGACUCCGGGCUAGUGAAAAGAAAGACCUAGCCGGAGCUGUGCUCAGUUUCGCAGAAGUUUCUCACUGAGCUUUUUCAUUUCCCGCCUGACAACAUGCCCAAGUGUCCCAAGUGCCAGAAGGAAGUUUAUUUCGCUGAACGGGUGACAUCCUUGGGGAAGGACUGGCAUCGCCCCUGUCUGAAAUGUGAAAAAUGUGGAAAGACACUGACAUCAGGAGGCCAUGCAGAGCAUGAAGGGAAGCCUUAUUGUAACCAUCCUUGCUAUGCAGCCAUGUUUGGGCCCAAAGGCUUUGGAAGAGGAGGUGCUGAAAGUCAUACCUUCAAAUAAACCCAGGUACUGGGAAGCCUCCUCUUUAUCUGUGCUGCUUCCCUUGAAUCUCAAAUGUCAGCUGGACUUGACGCCUUGUAAUCAGUCAUGUCCCCAAUAAACCCUAAACACAUUUA